CCUUGCGCCUUGCAUGUUUUUUAAGGCGCUGUGGUAAAGAGGUAAAAUGCACGGCGCAAUGGUCGCUUAUUGAAUCCUAACGGUUUUUCGGCCUGUAUGAAGUGCAAACCGCGGGCUUUCGUCGCUAAAACAGCCCGCUGUAUGUAGCCCAUCCUGGGCUGUCGGAUUCUGUGCACUUCAAACAAGGGAGAGUCGGACCCCGGCGGAGCCAAGGGGGUGUGUUUGUGUAUCCUUUCGAAAGGAGGCGGGAAAUGGCCACUCGAUUAACGACGAACAUCAGCUCGCCUUUUAAUUUUAGCGGAAACAGUUUCCGUGUGAUGAGACGCAAAGCGCCGGGCGAUUUUCACAGCGCGACUGAUUGGUGAAACCUAGUCAGUGACUGAAGGCUGAUCAUGGAAUUUGACGAGAUAAAACGGAAAGGUGUAAUGGAGAUGUCGGGUAUAGAGGGAGAGGUAGGUCUGGUGGCUGGUCGCAGUCAGAGGGAGAAAAGGCGCUCAUACAAAGAUUUAUUGAGAGAAGAGGAAGAAAUAGCUGCACAGGUGUGCAAAACCUCUGAGAGAAACAGUGAGGACUCUGAGUUGAUAGUGAUGGGUGGAGAUUUACAUAAAAAGAAGAAGAAGCACUCAAGUGAUGAGUACCAUUAUAGAGACCACCAUGGCUCAGGCCCUCCUCAUAAGAAGAAGCGUAAGUCCUCUGAACGCUCACCCUCGCGCUCGUCAUCAUGCUCCUCUCAGCCGGCCCACUCUACAGAUACUGCUAUGGGCCUCUUGCAGGCUAUCACCUCCCCAAUGGCCACAGGCUCUGAGCCUGUCCCCAACAUUCAUAAAAAACCCUCUUACCCUCCUCACUCCUCACAUUCCUCCUCCAAAGAUCGUAAGCGUGAAGGCAGCUCCAAGAGUGGCCACUCUUUCUCCCACUCUUUCUCUCAUUCCCGCCAUCCGAGUUCGUCGUCGUUGUCUAAGAAGCAUUCUUCGUCCACCUCGUCUUCUUCUAAGUCUUCCUUGUUCCAUGCCGGAGCUGGGAGGGGUGAGCCACUUACACUGCGAGAUGGUGAGGGGCUGAAAAUGAAGCUCAUCCUUUCGCCCAAGGAGAGGAACGAGGGAGGAGAGUCAAUUGAAGGAUUCCCUUUCCCUGCACACCCAUCUUCAGGGAGUAUGGGACAUCAUUCCUCCUCUGGCAUCAAAAAAAGUGGGAUGAAGAAGGAGAAGGACAGGGACCGAAUGACAACAUCUAAACCACCAAAGAAGAAACAGCACAGCCGAGAGCCUCUGCCUAUGGUGGGGAAAGAAGUAGAAGUGGAGGGACAGUAUGGUGGAUCUGUGGCACAGGUGGGAGAUUGUUCAUCCUCAGGAGGGGAGCUAGAGGCAGGUGAACUGAUCAUUGAUGACUCUUACACGCACCUUUCAUCUAAAAAGAAGAAAAAAAGCAAAAAAAGCAAAAAGAAAAAGGACAAAGAGAAGGACAGGGACAAGGAUAAAAGCUCAAAAGAGAAGAAGCACAGCAAAGGAGGAAAUGCAGAAAAGAAAGGAUUUAAAGGGGACUCAUCCAGAAGCCACUCCCAUUCCCACAGCUCGUCCAAUCACAGUACCUCAUUAGGGACAUACACUAUGGCUCCAGCAAUCCCCUUGCAUCAUCAUCAGGGUGCUGACGUGAUGAUGGUGAAGAAGAAAAAGAAGGAGGAGAAGGAGAGGGACAAGCAUGACAAAGACAAGAAAAAGAAGAAGAGUACGACAGCUUAUCAGGUGUUCUGUAAAGAGUACAGGGCCAAUAUAAAUGCAGAACAGCCUGGACUUGUGUUUGGGGAACUGAGCAAGAAGCUUGCAGAGGUUUGGAAACGUCUACCUGAAAAAGAUAAGCAGAUCUGGAAGCAAAAAGCUCAGUAUCUGCAGCAUAAGCAGAUUAAAGCUGAGGCCACUACAGUCAAACAGAAGACUUCCUCAACAGAUAACAAAAUCAAAAGCUCCAGUAAGGUUGUGAGUAUGGGGGCGGGGUUGACCUCUCCAAGCCGCUCUUCUCUGACCAUCCGGGUACCAGAGGUUGACCCCAUAGAUGCUGCUGCCCAUCUGCAACUCCUUGGGGAGUCCCUCUCUCUCAUUGGACACAGGCUACAAGAGACAGAAGGAAUGGUAGCAGUGUCUGGCAGUCUCUCUGUCCUGCUAGACUCCAUUUUGUGUGCUCUCGGGCCAUUAACCUGCCUCACUGCUCAGGUCCCUCAGCUUAAUGGCUGUCCCCGCAGCGUCUUGUCAAACACGCUGGACAACAUAGCAUACAUCAUGCCAGGACUAUGAGACUGGAGAACAGAUGACCUUACUCCAAUUGCACUUCAUAAGAAACAGGACUCAUAAAAAACAACCUAAUUUUUAGGAGCAUGAAACAAAUGACAAUUUCUGACAGUUUAUUUUUGUUAACAAUGCACCAAUCAGGUCUGGGACAAAAGCAUUGGACUUUUGUAGACGUAGAACUGUUUUUAAAUCUUAAAAUGUUUAAUAUUUUUAAAACUGUAAUUCUUUAAUAUUUUUAAAAAAGGGAUCAGAAAUCUUAUUCGAGGGAACAUGUCUAUGUCAGGUUAUUAGAUUUUAUUGUUUUAUUGUUUUAGCGUGUCCCAGUGAACGUAUGCAUGUGUGUAUGUUUAUGUGAGUGUGUUGUGUGAAAACAUACUUUUAUUAUGUAAAGAGCAAUUUAUUUUUAUGAAGAUGUGUACAGUUUUAUGUCUGGGCCCAAGGCUGUUUUUUUUUUUUAUUUUAUUUAAAGUUAAAUUAAUAGAAACAAACAGUAGUUUAACUGCAGUAGUCCUUUUACAGCCAAACUGUUUUUAUACUUGUAAAAUGUAAUAUGUUUUAAUUUGUUUAUAGUAAAAGCAUGUAUGGAAUAAUUUUGGAAGUGUGACCGAGCAAGUUGCUGUAAUGCAUAGAUUUAGAAGCACAAAGCUGUACAGUUCAUUAUUACUAAUAUUUUUCCCCAAACUGUUACGAAGAUGCAGGGUGGAUUUUAUUAGAUUUCAAGUUACCUUUUUUGAGCAUGUUUAUUCUUUUUGGAAUUUUAGUUGCAAUACAUAUUUUAAAUCCCUUUCAAAUAUUUGAUCAAAAAUGUUCAGAUGUUCUGCUUGUUUAGGUUUUUACAAAGUUUUUGUGCUCCAUAUUAUGAAGAAAAAACCCCCACAGAACAGAGAAAGGUUUUUUUUUUUCCCUGUAGUCUUUAAUUACAUCUGUGUACUUGCACAGCCAUAGGCAUCAGCUUUAAUUAAUGUAGGAGAGGCAGCCUAAGCAUGUAAUAAUGACAUGUUGCUGCUUGUACAAUGACUUUCUAUCUUUGCUAGUCUGGCAGUCUUCU